AGAAAUUGAAGGACAGAAGGAGGGUUCAACUGCAAUUCAAGAAGUGAAGGGGAGAGAGAAGAGGAGUGAAGAGAAAGGGAGAAGCAAGCAAGAAGAAAUGUGCGGUAUUUCAUUAAUAAUUGAUGGUCUCUGCCUCGAUUUAUCAGAUAUUGAUAUUACCCACCAAUUAUCUCCCCCUGCUAAUGUUGAACUAUUUACAUUUACAAUUGAUGACUUGAAAACCAGUUUACUGAGAAGAGGUCCUGAUAGUUUAGGGACCAAAAAAGUUAUCCUUGAAUGGAAAGAUGCAGAAGUCCUUUCUUGUGAUGCUAGGGAUGAGGAAAUUGAAAGGAAAUUCUCUUGCUUGCACUGUAUGGAUGAUUCUAAAUCAUGUGUUAAUGGAGGGGCUGAAGCUGGGGUGCUUCAAUCUGUUGCAGUGAUGUACUUUGUUGGCGCAGUUCUGCAGUUGAGGGGGAUAGAGCCAGCUAUGCAGCCGUUAAUCGAUGCAUCUGGGAAUGUCCUCAUCUAUAAUGGUGAAAUUUUUGAUGGGAUUCACAUGAGCUGUGACAGCAACGAUACUAAUGUCCUUCUGCAGUCAUUGGGGAAUUGUUGCUGCUGCCAGUCGCAUGAGAAUCUCAACAGCUGCAGUGGAAAAUCUAUUCCUGAACUUCUUUCGUCGAUUAAGGGGCCAUGGGCUGCAAUAUAUUGGCAGGAUGUCUCGAGGACACUCUGGUUUGGCAGGGAUGCAUUUGGGAGAAGGAGUCUUCUUGUUCACUGGCCCAGUUCAGAAGAUUCUCGACUAGUGUUGUCUUCUGUAUCACCUCCAGCUUUCUCUUCUCGGAUGCCUGAUCCUGAAGUCGGAGGUGGAGCAAGCAACCCAGCUUACUGGGAAGAGCUACCUUGUGGGGUGUACAGUGUAGAAAUAAACGCUUCGAGCGCUGGUAAAUGCCUAGCUGGUAAAGUCAGAAAACAUGAAUGGACAAACUCUGUGUUAAAAGAUCUAAUCAAAUGGGAGAGAAGCCUGAUAAAACCUAAGCUUGUGGAUAUCAAUUCAUCCAACACUUCACUCUUUUCAGGGAAUCCUGAUUUACUUUCAGUGUCUGAUAUUGGAUCACCACGGUCUUCAGCUGCCUCACCAGCUGGAAAGCUCUUGGCUGCUCUCAGAAAAUCUAUCAUACGGCGUACCUCCCAAAAUACAAUUUUUCAGGCAACUAUGCACGAUAGUGGACAAGGGAACCAUGUUCCAGUGGCUGUUCUCUUUUCAGGAGGGUUAGAUUCCAUGAUACUGUCUGCAAUACUGCAUGAGUGCCUAGAUUCCAAAUAUGACAUUGAUUUGCUGAAUGUCAGCUUUGAAGGUGAAACAGCUCCUGAUCGAAUAACUGCCAGAGCUGGACUGAAGGAACUGAAAAGAAUUGCACCUUUGAGAGGGUGGAGACUUGUGGAGAUUGAUGCUGAUCUGUCAGAUCUAGCCAUGGAGAUGAAGCAUGUUACAUCUCUAAUUAACCCUGCGAAAACUUACAUGGACUUAAAUAUUGGUCUAGCACUGUGGUUGGCUGCUGGUGGUGAUGGUUGGCUGCAUGAAGAUGAUAAUUGCGGUCCGCAUAAAUGCUGUGAGCGCUUCCGAUACAAGUCUAAAGCAAGAAUACUGCUAGUUGGUUCUGGUGCUGAUGAGCAAUGUGCUGGUUAUGGAAGGCAUAGAACAAAAUAUAGAAAUAGCAGUUGGCUUGGCCUACAUGAGGAAAUGAAGCUGGACAUGCAGAGAAUCUGGAAAAGAAACCUUGGGAGAGAUGAUAGAUGUAUUGCCGACAAUGGAAAAGAGGCAAGAUUUCCAUUCUUGGAUGAGGACGUCAUAAGGAUUUUGCUUGAUUUUCCUCUAUGGGAUAUAGCCGACCUCAGUCAGCCAAGUGGCAAAGGUGACAAGAAAAUUUUGAGAGAGGUUGCUAGAUUACUUGGGUUACAUGAAGCUGCGAUUCUGCCAAAACGAGCUAUUCAGUUUGGCUCCCGAAUAGCGCAAGAAUCAAAUCGCAUGAAUUUUGGUAGCAAUCGUGCUGCAAAUCAAGCAUCUGCGGGCAGUGUGUUUUUUACAAAAGAUUAAGCUAAAAUCUCAUGUUACCUGAGCACAAUUUAGGCAUGAAGAAUCAAUUUAUCAGAAUCAGUAUGUCGAGUAUAUGCUACACUCAACAACAAUAGCUGAAGUUCUGAACAUUUCAAACCGGACAUGGCAUGAAAAUCCGAAGGAGGCUUCCAUGGCUCUGCUUAAUUCGAAGCGUUCGUUGGCUUGAUCUAACUGUGAAUGAGACUAGAUAUACUGUCUACUUCGCUCUUUUGUUGUGUGUCCAUUUCUUUUCAUAAUAUACCGCAUUCUAAUUAUUAAUUUUUCAAAUUUUUGUUAUCGAGUGUAAGACCGAAGAAAUUCUUAUAGGCAAGAGGAAGGGAGAAUGUAUUUUUCUGGUAAGUGGUGAGAAUCAAACUCUUAUCCGGACAGUGAAAGAAAAAAUCUUUAAUCACUAAGCCAACUUAUGA